AUGUUUAUCAUCAACACCCUUAUACUUGUCGCACCCAUCCUUCUAGCCAUAGCAUUCCUAACACUAGUCGAACGAAAAAUCCUAGGGUAUAUACAACUCCGAAAAGGCCCAAACAUUGUAGGACCAUACGGCCUACUACAACCCUUCGCCGAUGCAAUCAAGCUCUUCACAAAAGAACCCCUACGACCAUCCACCUCCUCUGUCUCCAUAUUCAUCAUCGCACCAAUCCUAGCUCUAACUCUAGCCCUAACAAUAUGAAUCCCCCUACCCAUACCAUACCCCCUCAUCAACAUAAACUUGGGCGUACUAUUUAUACUAGCCAUAUCUAGCCUAGCUGUAUAUUCCAUCCUAUGAUCCGGAUGAGCCUCCAACUCGAAAUAUGCAUUAAUUGGCGCCCUACGAGCAGUAGCACAAACAAUCUCAUAUGAAGUAACCCUAGCAAUCAUCCUCCUGUCCAUUCUCCUAAUAAACGGGUCCUUCACAUUAUCAACCCUCAUCACAACACAAGAAAAACUGUGACUAAUCUUCCCUUCAUGACCACUGGCCAUAAUAUGAUUCAUCUCGACCCUAGCAGAGACUAACCGAGCCCCAUUCGACCUCACAGAAGGAGAAUCCGAACUUGUAUCAGGCUUCAACGUAGAGUAUGCAGCAGGGCCAUUCGCUAUAUUCUUCAUAGCAGAAUACAUCAACAUCAUCAUAAUAAAUGCCUUCACAACAGUCCUAUUCCUAGGAACAUGCUACAACCCAUACUUACCAGAACUCUACACAAUCAACUUUACCAUCAAAACACUACUACUAACAAUAUCCUUCCUGUGAAUCCGAGCAUCCUACCCACGAUUCCGAUACGACCAACUAAUGCACCUUCUAUGAAAAAGCUUCCUACCAUUAACACUAGCCCUGUGCAUAUGACACGUAUCACUCCCCAUUAUAACAUCAAGCAUCCCCCCUCAAACAUAA